AACGAUCAUCAAGCAACAAGAUGAUCCAACUCUAUCAACACCUUCAACUUUUCAUUUUAUUCUCAAUCUUAACACUUUCAAUCAAUCAAAGCAAUGCAUCUCAACAAUCAAACAAUUGGGCGGUCCUAGUUUGCACUUCGAGGUUUUGGUUCAAUUAUAGACAUGUAGCUAAUACAUUAGGAAUGUAUCGAUCUGUUAAAAGGCUUGGAAUUCCUGAUUCGAAUAUCAUUCUAAUGUUGGCAGAUGAUAUGGCUUGUAAUCCAAGAAACAUGUUUCCGGCUACAGUUUAUAGUAAUGCUGAUAGACGAUUAGAUCUUUAUGGUGAUGGAAUCGAAGUAGAUUAUAGAGGUGAUGAAGUUUCAGUUGAAAACUUUAUAAGACUUUUAACAGGCAGAGUAGUUGAUGGAACUCCACGUUCAAAAAGAUUAAUGAGUGAUGAAAGAUCUAAUAUCUUUGUUUAUAUGACGGGUCAUGGUGGUGAAGAGUUUUUGAAAUUUCAAGAUUCAGAAGAAAUUAGUGCAUUUGAUAUUGCAGAUGCAUUUCAAACGAUGUGGGCAGAAAAACGUUAUAACGAGUUAUUUUUUAUGAUUGAUACUUGUCAAGCCAAUACAAUGCUCACUAAAUUCUAUUCACCAAAUAUCUUUGCAACUGGUUCAUCUGCUAAAGGCGAGAAUUCUUACUCACAUCAUGCAGAUCAAGAUAUUGGGGUGGCUGUUGUGGAUCGGUUUAGUCAUUUUGUUUUGAGUUACUUGGAAGGCCUCAACAAGACUUCAAAGGCUAAUAUGCAAGAAUUUGUUGAUGCCUUCUCAUUCGAUACUUGUCACUCUACGCCUGCUGCUCGUACUGAUCUACUUACACGUCCAUUGAAGGAUAUCUUGAUGACUGAUUUCUUUGGUGGCGUAAGUUCAGUAGAACUGGGUUCGUCAACUCCUUUGACGAUCCCCACCGAACCAAUCGAAACUCAAAAAUCAAUUUGGGUCACACCAACACCUUCCUCUUCUAAAAUUAAAUCACCUAAAUCUUCACCUACUUCUGAUACUAAUGCUAAAGGUAAGAAUAACGAUGGUUUAGAAUUGUUAAUUGAACAAGUCGGAAAUUGGCGUGAUCAAUGGAUGAAAGGUGUUUUGAUUUUAAGUUUAACGGUAACUGCUCAUUUUGUGGCAGCUACCAUGAAAUGAAAUUAUGAUUUUGGAGUU